AUGUCUAAGCCAGUGUCUCCCCAAGAGCCGGAACAGCUGCGGAAACUCUUCAUCGGAGGACUGAGCUUUGAAACAACUGAUGCAAGUCUGAGAAGCCAUUUUGAAAAAUGGGGAACACUCACAGACUGUGUGGUAAUGAGAAAUCCCAAGACCAAGCGCUCCCGAGGCUUUGGGUUUGUCACAUUCAGCACCAUCGGUGCAGUGGAUGCAGUCAUGAAUGCAAGGCCACACAAGGUGGAUGGAAGAUAUGUGGAACCAAAGAGAGCUAUCUCGAGAGAAGAUUCUCAAAUGCCUGGUGCCCAUCUUACUGUGAGAAAGAUUUUUGUUGGUGGCAUCAAAGAAGACAUCAAUGAGCGGCACCUGAGAGAGUAUUUUCAGCGCUUUGGGAACAUUGAGAUGAUUGAAAUUAUAACUGAUCAAGACAGUGGAAAGAGGAGAGGCUUUGCUUUUGUGACUUUUGAUGACCAUGAUUCUGCAGACAAAAGUGUCAUUCAGAAAUUCCAUGUUGUGAAUGGCCACAACUGUGAGAUAAAAAAAGCCUUGUCUAAGCAAGAGAUGGCCAAGGGUUACCAAAGGGGCCAACGUGGCUAUGGAAUCUUUGGUGGAGGUCAUAGAGGUGCUUUUGGUGGGAAUGCCAGCUUUCUUUAUGGAGGAGGCAUCAGUGGGCAAGGUGCUUUUGGUGGCAGCUCAGGACAAGGUGCUUUCGGUGGCAACAUAGGGCAAAGUGCCUUUCGUGGCAACAUAGGUGGUGGUGGAUAUGGUAACAGUGCGUUUGAAUAUCAUGGAUUUGGUGAUGACAGAAGCAAUUUUCUAGGUGGUGGAAGUUACAGUAAUUUUGGCAAUUACAGCACUCCAUAUUCACAUUUUGGGCCUGUGAAGAGAGGAAACUAUGGAGGCCCAUUUUUAGGCCCUUAUGGCGGUAUUGGCCAAUAUUUUGUCAAACCACAAAUCAGAGGUCAUUAUCGUGGUCACAGAAGUGGCAGAAAGUUUUAUUUUCCAGGAAGGCUUAGGCGAGAAAUGCCACAGAAAUGAAAGGGAAGCUACAGAUUAUCACAGACCUGUGAACUCAGCCAAACACAGUGGUGGCAAGAUUUAGUUACUACAAAGAAGGCAUGUUUUAGACAUUACUAUUGUGAAUGAUAAAAAUUCCAGAACAGUAUUUUGCUAAUUAUAUAACUGGUCAUUU